GAGCGCUCUGCCUGCUAUUGACAAAGGAUGGGAGGAUGCCUGCGCCCGGGGAUGCUCUCCGUGCACAACCCGGAGGCCGCCUGAGCGACUUCGCCCUCCGCCGAAAACGGAAUGCGUUGAAAAGCAAAAUCAUGUCUUGAUGUUAGUGCCGCCUACCUAAAUUCCUUUCUUCUGAAAAUGUACCAAAGAAGAGUUCUGAGAGGAUAUGCUCAGUUGUCCUGCUGUGAUUAAAAAAGACACUGCUGUAUUUUAACUGAGCUUGGCAAAGCAAGGAUAUGAACAAUUGUGCAGGUGGGCUACUCAGGGCGAGUGAAGAGAUAAGGCAUCCAAUCAGGGACUGGCAACCUGCAGCCCUGCCAGUAUGCCCCUCCACCAGAUAUCCGUAAUCCCCGCACGGGAGACCGCCAGCAAUGGGCGAAGUUCCAUGGGCAGAAACAAAGAGAAGAACAAGGAAGUCGAGAAUUUCAGAAAUUGAAAAGGGAUAAGAGGAAGGAGAAAAUGCUGGGCUGGUGUGAAGCGAUAGCCCGUAACCCUCACAGAAUUCCCAACAACACCCGAACACCUGAGAUCUCAGGGGAUUUGGCUGAUGCCUCACAAACCUCCACAUUGAAUGAAAAAUCCCCAGGACGAUCCGCAAGUCGAUCAAGUAAUAUUUCAAAAGCAAGCAGCCCAACCACAGGGACAGCUCCCAGGAGCCAGUCAAGGUUGUCUGUCUGUCCAUCCACUCAGGACAUCUGCAGAUCUGCCAUCUUGCAUGACAUGUCAGAAGAUGCAUUUGAACAAUGCACCCCUGUCAUGGUGCUGAGCCCUGCUAGGAAGGAGUCUGGUAAGAAAUCAGUAAAACAGAGGCCCAGGAGGAGGAAAAGGGCCUCUGAGAGAUAUGAGCAUGCAGAAGAACAAAUAAGAGGGAAAAGAAAUGAUUUGCACCUCCAGAUCUCAAGCCCCAGAUGGAGUGAGCUUUACACAGAUUCUUCAGAUUCAUCUUCCAUAGAUGAGAGUCAUUGGAUCCAGGCAAAAAGAAGAGCCCAAGAGAAAUUCCGACUGUCACGAAGAAGGAGAAAUAAUAAUAAAUCAUGUGGAAACUUGGAUGCGGCUUCUGCUCCUAAUGGAAUUUAUCUGGUAAAUUUGGGCUCCAAAGGUAAAAAGCAACAAGAGCUGACUGAAUGUGAGAGUGGCCCUUUAAAUCUCUGCAGGGGGAAAGGCACAUGGUACCAAGAGCACAGUCUUUCCCUGCCUAGGGGAUCCUUCAAGAUUAAGAGAUCCUCAAGGAACCAUGAAGAAAGCAAAGGCAGACACCACCACAGGGACCCACAGCUCUUGCAUAGUCUUAGGCUAAAUGACCCAAUCAACAAAAGAUUUUCAGAAACAGAUUCCACCACUGAAAUAUUAGCAGGAACAGAAGGCAGCAAGUAUGCGGAUGACGCAGGUUUCCAGGUGAAUGGCUGUCCUCAUAAACCUCCUGCCACCUACCGUGACGGGUCUGAACAUUUAAAAGUAUGCAGGAUCUGUCACUGUGAAGGAGACGAAGAGAGUCCCCUCAUCACACCCUGCCGCUGCACGGGCACCCUGCGCUUUGUCCACCAGUCCUGCCUCCACCAGUGGAUCAAGAGCUCGGACACGCGCUGCUGUGAGCUCUGCAAGUAUGACUUCAUCAUGGAGACCAAGCUCAAACCCCUCCGGAAGUGGGAGAAACUGCAGAUGACCACGAGCGAAAGGAGGAAAAUAUUCUGCUCUGUCACAUUCCACGUCAUUGCCAUCACCUGUGUGGUUUGGUCCCUGUACGUACUAAUCGAUCGGACCGCGGAGGAAAUCAAGCAAGGCAAUGAUAAUGGCGUCCUCGAAUGGCCAUUUUGGACGAAACUGGUUGUGGUGGCCAUCGGCUUCACAGGAGGUCUCGUCUUCAUGUACGUUCAGUGUAAAGCCUACAUCCAACUGUGGCGCAGGCUGAAGGCCUACAACCGAGUGAUCUUUGUGCAGAAUUGCCCGGACACUGCCAAAAAACAGGAGAAGAGCUGCUCGUGCGCCGUAAACACGGACCUCAAGGAUGCUGUGGUCGUGCCUGUGUUACAGACGGGUCCGAGCUCACUGCCCUCCGCAGAAGGCAGCCCCUCCGAAGUCAUCCCCGUGUGACGGGGCCUGGGGUGGGGGAGUCCCUUCGUGGAAGAGUAUCGUUCCAGCCCUCAGCCACUACAAAUGACAGCAGUGAUCCUGAAUUACUCGGUCUCCUUACUUCUCCCUCUUCUCCUACUGACUCAGUUUUCCUAACUUCGCUCAAAAAGGAGGAAAAGACACCAGAUGACCAGGAUCCCAUGAAGCAGAGUCUAAAGCGUGAAUGUGAAAAGUUGCUUGAAGAGGGAUUUCUAAAACAAUUAAAAACCGCCGGAGCAAGGCACACUCUUCAGUGACGUUCGUGGUCCGACUGCAGGGACACAGGAGCCUUCGCAGCAUCCGGGGGAAGGCUCUGAGUACAGACUUGAAUUGCGAUGUGUAUGUCUUCUAAGGCCUCCUAAUGUUAACUGUCUGAUCUGGAAGUAACAGUUGUGGUCGGCUUUAAGCUUGCAACUGUCCGCAUUAUUCCUGAGGCCCCUCAGAAGCACAGCUGGGGGAUGCAGCCUGUGCCAGUCACACUCUGACAGAUGGUAGAUUUUGAUGGCGACAGUGCAGGCCAGUUGUUUUGAGAGAUGCAUGAUUUUUAAAAAGAUGCAGUACACAUUUGAAGAUACUAAUACUUGGAAUUAUACUUAAAUCAUGAAUGAAAGAUUUUCAGAGAUUUCUGGGGGCUUAAUUGGCUCUGUUAAUUAAUAGAAGUUGAAAUCAACUAUCAGUUCCCAUAUUUUAUCUGGACCCUCUGAAACAGCAUUGUCUCUCAAAACUAUAUUGUAAGCUACAAACGCAGGUCAAAUAUGUAAAUUUUAAAUUUCCUAAUAGCUCCUUUAGAAAAUUUUAAAAUAAAAAGGUAAAAUUAAUUUUAAUAAUGUAUUUUAUUUAACACUAUAUAUUCAAGUUAUUUCGACAUGUCAUCAAUAUUAAAAAUUAUUGAGAUAGUUUACAUCUUUUCUUACGAACCAAGUCUCCAAAAUCCGAUCUGCAUUUGAUCCUUACAGCACAUCUCAGUUUGAGCUAAGCAGAUCGGCGGGCACAGCCCUACACUGAGGACAGAACCUCUGAUUCAUUCAACAGUUGGCUAUUUCAAAACAGCAGCUUAAUUCAUUCUCUUACUCAAAGUCUCACAAAUGUUAUAAUUUUACAAAGCACUCAAUCAAAUUCAACAGCCUGGUUGAAGUUAGGUAAAGUUGUUAAAAGAGUGAACAGAACACAAGUAGAGAAAGAUAAAGCAGUCUGCCUGCGGCAGUGUUCUGAAAUCACGUGUUUGCUACCAAGAAAUGCUUAGGAUAGGGAACAUAAUGGUUACCUAUUUUGUUAUGGUGAAAUGUGUAAGGCUUUUUUAAAAAAAAUCCACAUAAGGUGUUCACUUGACAGAUGAGCAGUUUAGCAUUUAAACUCUAUUUGUAAAAGUUGACAGUAUUUCCCUUGCUCAGCUGGGAAGCAAAAACAUUCAACAGAUUCUGUGAUAAGUAAUAAAUUGAGUUGUUUAGGUUUGACAGUUCAGUUGAUUACGGUGUUCUUUGCAUAUUCAUGUAAAACUGAAGCGUGAAUGAUACUGCGGUGAGCUAGAUUAACGAUUGUAGAUAUAGUGGCCCGUCAAAGAGAUGUUCUACAUUUUAAAAAGGUGACUUAUUUUUGUGAGCUGUCAUAUUUAUUAUCGUGAGAAGGCAGCCUUGAUGGCCAUGAGAGCCAAAGCCUGGGUGUGGCCGUGCAGCCAGCCGUCUGGGCACCGCAGCGAUGCAGUUGUGACUGUCCCUGGGCUGGUUCUUCCCAGACACGGUAGGAGGGGGGUGACAACCUUGCAGGGAGAACGAUGACGUGGGUAUCAGUGCCCACCCAGGGUCCAAAUAGUCCUGAUCCCCAGAAAUGAAGAAAAGGGAAACCAUGUCCACUCUGCGUGUGUGGCAUGUGUGUGUCCUCAUGUCUAUACAUGAGAAAAAUGUGUUCGGUCAGGGAACAAAAGGUUUAUGACUCAUCUUUCUUAAAACUUCUUGUACAGAUGGAUGUGGAAUAAAGGCCAGGGAUAAUGAAAUUGAGGUAGCUACAUUGGACCAAGAUUUCUGUACAAAUAAGGACAUGAGGGGUGUAAUAGAAAUUAUGAAACUUAAACUAAACUCUGGGGCCCAUUACCCAAGGGAUUAACCUUGAUUUAGUGUAACUGUUGAUUUUUCUGCUUUUUACUAAUCCAUUUUUCCUGUGGUUUAGCAGUGGCAAUAUGCUGUUUACAAAUAUUCCAGGGGGGAAAAUCCAGUCACCAGCCAACAAAGAAAUAAUUUCUCUUGUUUGCUCUGGAAGAAAAAGAAUUAUCACCACCAAAAAUAUCAUUUAAAUACUGUGCAAACCUAAGCAAGAUAGGUGGGUGCAGAACUCAUUUCACAGCGGGUAGAGGUCUGGCUCAAAUAAGGCCAAGUGUAUGAAGGGCUACCCUUAACACUAAGAAAACAUUUCUAAAAUGGAAAGUCAAGAUAAACAUUAUUGUAUGACUGUUAGAAGAUGGCAGGGUGUUUUAAAACCAAGCCUAAAUUCUCAAAAUUAAUUUGUACAGGUUUUAACUUUUUUUUAAAGGAGAAAAUAAUAUAGUGCUCUGGCAAGCCAAAAUCUACUGUAUUUUUCAGACUAUAAGAUGUACUUUUUUUUUACCACAUUUUUGCUUCAAUUUUUUUCUCCUAUUUUCCACCUCUAAAACCUAGGUACGUCUUAUGCUGAGACCCCCAGAAAAAUACGGUACAUUUUAUUCUGCUAUUCUUCUGACCUUUUUAAACCGUGAACUCCUGAAUGUAAAUCUUUUAAAAAGUUUUUCUGCAGUGGCUGUUUAUGGUUCCAUCUAAAUAACUAUGUGCACUUAAAACGUAAUGUUGAUCAUUUUCUUCUUAUGUUCCAUGUGGCAAUGGUACAUUAGUCUUGUCUGUAGAAAGAUUUGGCUUUUGUGGACUAGAUAUGCCCUUUGGAAAGAAAAUCUGCUCUCCAGAAUGAUUUUUUUUCAAGCAUGUUUCCCUGCUGAUAAAAGAAAAACAAAAUGGAAUGGAGACAAAGGACUGAAAUUGAAGAAUGGGUUUAUGGUUCUGUUAAAAACUUUGGCUUUUUCUAAUGAUGAAUCUGUAGUAUUACCAUACAUCACAAACAUUUAUGCUGUUAAUUUUUUUAAGAACUGUCACUUUUAUUGUUUAGGAUCAAAGUUUAAAUUGCAAAGGACUGAAAUUCAAGUAUCUUUGUCUUAUAAGUGAAGCCCAAAAGGCCAUGAAACUUAAAUACAAACACAAAACCAAAAUGAAAAAAAAAUCAAAACAAAAGGUGAUCCCAUCAGUCUGAGAUAUAGCAAUGGGAACACUGAGUGAAGAUUGGUGUAUGCCAAGAGUCCUUCAAAAUGCCCUGAGAUUAAAUCUCACUCUGAGCUGCUGUUACAUGUGGUUAUGGUUCCAGAGAGAUGGCCUCAUUGUUAAUUUGUUUUGCAGAAAAGGUCCUUGGGUGUCCCUCAAAUGGCCACUCUUGGGUUGGAAAAUUAGCUCAUCAGAGAGCAAUGACAUGGUUAUUGCACCUGUUUUGGGGAUCAGAUGGGUAAGAUCAUUCCAUCGGCCUGACACAGUUUACCUGUCCUUGCCUUGCCAAUGGAUACUUUGGGACAAAGUGGAGCUCUUAAAACUUACGAUUAUCAUUAUUGUAGUUGUUAUAUAAUAAUUGUGUAGGACUUACACUUUAAUUAAGAAAGAUGAAAACCUUUUUUCUUAAGUCAGCCCAAAGGUGCUAUUUUACAUAUCAAUGCAGUUGAAAGGGUGUCCUGUUAGUUUUUGGGCUGCGGUGUUCCAUCACAUCUGAAGAAAGCCCAUUUUGAAAUUGGAUCUUGCAUUAAAACAAACAAGAAAAAAAUUGUUUUAGCUGUGUGCAAUUUUUGAGAUUGAGCAUUUGUACUUUUUUGGUUUUACCUGAUUAUCUUGCAUUAACAAUUUACUGUUUUGUGGAUAAUGUGUACUAAGGCAAAUUAAGGAAAAGAAAAUAAUUAUCUGUGACAGACUUUGUAUAUUAAACAAGUGACUCAUA